GGCGGUUCCUGACGGGGGCUGCGAGCCGCGGACGACUUAUAAGGGAGCAGCGCCGGCGGAGGGGCUCGGUGGCGGCGGCUCGGCGCUCGCGGUUCUCGGCUCAACCAGCGCCGAGGCGGGUGUUUCGGUCCGGUCCGGGCUCGCGGGGGCGGCAGCGGGGGCCACCCGAGGCCUGCGGCCUAGGCCUCAGCUGAGCGGCGGGCUCGAUUGCGGCGCGGAACCAGCCUGCGGGCCCUGCCUGGCGGCACCAUGAGCGUGGAGGCGUACGGGCCCAGCUCACAGACGCUCACUUUUCUGGACACCGAAGAGGCCGAGCUGCUUGGCGCCGAUACUCAGGGCUCCGAGUUCGAGUUCACUGACUUUACCCUCCCCAGUCAGACGCAGACUCCCCCCGGCGGCCCUGGCGGACCCGGAGGUGGAGGCGCCGGAGGCCCGGGCGGCGCGGGCGCUGGCGCUGCGGCGGGACAGCUCGACGCGCAGGUCGGACCCGAGGGCAUCCUGCAGAAUGGGGCCGUGGACGACAGUGUGGCCAAGACCAGCCAGUUGUUGGCCGAAUUGAACUUUGAAGAGGAUGAGGAAGACACCUAUUACACGAAGGACCUCCCCAUACAUGCCUGCAGUUACUGUGGAAUACAUGAUCCUGCCUGCGUGGUUUACUGUAACACCAGCAAGAAGUGGUUCUGCAAUGGACGGGGAAAUACUUCUGGCAGCCACAUUGUAAAUCACCUUGUGAGGGCGAAAUGCAAAGAGGUGACUCUGCACAAGGAUGGGCCCCUGGGGGAGACGGUGCUGGAGUGCUACAACUGCGGCUGCCGCAAUGUCUUCCUCCUCGGCUUCAUCCCCGCCAAGGCUGACUCGGUGGUGGUGCUGCUGUGCAGGCAGCCCUGCGCAAGCCAGAGCAGCCUGAAGGACAUCAACUGGGACAGCUCACAGUGGCAGCCACUGAUCCAGGACCGCUGCUUCCUGUCCUGGCUGGUCAAGAUCCCCUCUGAGCAGGAGCAGCUGCGGGCCCGCCAGAUAACGGCCCAGCAGAUCAACAAGCUGGAAGAGCUCUGGAAGGAAAACCCUUCUGCCACGUUGGAGGAUCUGGAGAAGCCAGGGGUGGAUGAGGAGCCUCAGCACGUACUCCUGCGAUAUGAGGACGCCUACCAAUACCAGAACAUCUUCGGGCCCCUGGUGAAGCUGGAGGCCGACUACGACAAGAAGCUGAAGGAGUCGCAGACUCAAGAUAACAUCACGGUCAGGUGGGACCUGGGCCUUAACAAGAAGAGAAUCGCCUACUUCACUUUGCCCAAGACUGACUCUGGUAAUGAGGAUUUAGUCAUAAUUUGGUUAAGAGACAUGCGGCUCAUGCAGGGGGAUGAGAUAUGCCUGCGCUACAAAGGGGACCUCGCGCCCCUGUGGAAAGGGAUUGGCCAUGUCAUCAAAGUCCCUGAUAACACAAACUUAACUCAGCGCACAGAUUAUGGUGAUGAGAUUGCCAUUGAGCUGCGGAGCAGUGUGGGUGCACCCGUGGAGGUGACUCACAAUUUCCAGGUGGAUUUUGUGUGGAAGUCCACCUCAUUUGACAGGAUGCAGAGUGCGUUGAAAACGUUCGCUGUGGACGAGACCUCUGUGUCUGGCUACAUCUACCACAGAUUGCUGGGCCACGAGGUGGAGGAUGUGAUCAUCAAGUGCCAGCUGCCAAAGCGCUUCACGGCGCAAGGGCUCCCCGACCUCAACCACUCUCAGGUUUAUGCUGUGAAGACUGUGCUGCAGAGGCCACUAAGCCUGAUCCAGGGCCCGCCAGGCACCGGAAAGACAGUGACCUCGGCCACCAUCGUCUACCACCUGGCUCGACAAGGCAACGGGCCUGUGCUCGUCUGUGCUCCAAGCAACAUCGCUGUGGACCAGCUGACCGAGAAGAUCCACCAGACGGGGCUGAAGGUCGUGCGCCUCUGUGCCAAGAGCCGCGAGGCCAUCGACUCCCCAGUGUCAUUCCUGGCCCUGCACAACCAGAUCAGGAACAUGGACAGCAUGCCCGAGCUGCAGAAGCUGCAGCAGCUGAAGGACGAGACCGGGGAGCUGUCGUCUGCUGAUGAGAAGCGGUACCGGGCCCUGAAGCGCACCGCCGAGAGGGAGCUGCUCAUGAACGCAGACGUCAUCUGCUGCACGUGUGUGGGUGCUGGUGACCCGAGGCUCGCCAAGAUGCAGUUCCGCUCCAUUUUAAUCGACGAAAGCACCCAGGCCACUGAGCCGGAGUGCAUGGUUCCUGUGGUCCUUGGUGCCAAGCAGCUGAUCCUCGUGGGUGACCACUGCCAGCUGGGCCCGGUGGUGAUGUGCAAGAAGGCAGCCAAGGCCGGGCUGUCGCAGUCGCUCUUUGAGCGCCUGGUGGUGCUGGGCAUCCGGCCCAUCCGCCUGCAGGUCCAGUACCGGAUGCACCCGGCACUCAGCGCCUUCCCGUCCAACAUCUUCUAUGAGGGCUCACUCCAGAAUGGCGUCACUGCAGCGGAUCGUGUGAAGAAGGGUUUUGACUUCCAGUGGCCGCAGCCUGAUAAGCCGAUGUUCUUCUACGUGACCCAGGGCCAAGAAGAGAUCGCCAGCUCGGGCACCUCCUACCUGAACAGGACGGAAGCUGCAAAUGUGGAGAAGAUCACCACGAAGCUUUUGAAGGCGGGCGCCAAGCCGGACCAGAUCGGCAUCAUCACGCCCUACGAGGGCCAGCGCUCCUACCUGGUGCAAUACAUGCAGUUCAGCGGCUCCCUGCACACCAAGCUCUACCAGGAGGUGGAGAUCGCCAGUGUGGACGCCUUCCAGGGCCGUGAGAAGGACUUCAUCAUCCUCUCCUGUGUGCGGGCCAACGAGCACCAGGGCAUCGGGUUUCUAAAUGACCCCAGGCGUCUCAACGUGGCCCUGACCAGAGCAAGGUAUGGUGUCAUCAUCGUGGGCAACCCCAAGGCGCUGUCCAAGCAGCCACUGUGGAAUCACCUGCUGAACUACUACAAGGAGCAGAAGGUGCUGGUGGAGGGGCCCCUGAACAACCUGCGUGAGAGCCUCAUGCAGUUCAGCAAGCCCCGGAAGCUGGUGAACACCAUCAACCCGGGGGCCCGCUUCAUGACGACAGCCAUGUACGACGCACGGGAGGCCAUCAUCCCCGGCUCGGUCUAUGAUCGCAGCAGCCAGGCCAGCAAGUCAUCAUGUAGCUGGGGGUGCCCGGGGACCGUCCCUUUUUGCCCAACCCACGGCCGGCCCUCAAACAUGUACUUCCAGACCCACGACCAGAUCGGCAUGAUCAGCGCCGGCCCCAGCCACGUGGCCGCCAUGAACAUCCCCAUCCCUUUCAACCUGGUUAUGCCGCCCAUGCCGCCACCCGGCUACUUCGGACAAGCCAAUGGGCCGGCUGCAGGCCGGGGCACUCCGAAAGGCAAGACUGGGCGUGGGGGGCGCCAGAAGAACCGCUUUGGACUUCCUGGGCCCAGCCAAACCAACCUCCCCAAUAGCCAGGCCAGCCAGGACGUGGCAUCCCAGCCCUUCUCCCAGGGUGCCCUGACACAGGGCUAUAUCUCCAUGAGCCAGCCCUCCCAGAUGAGCCAGCCUGGCCUCUCCCAGCCCGAGCUGUCCCAGGACAGCUACCUCGGCGAUGAGUUUAAGUCACAGAUCGAUGUGGCACUCUCACAAGACUCCACGUACCAGGGAGAGCGGGCGUACCAGCACGGUGGGGUGACAGGGCUGUCCCAGUACUAGAAGGUGGCGGUGGAAGAGCUAAGCUACGUGGCUUAGUCCAUCAGCAUCUUAUUCUGGGUAAUAAAAAAUAAAAAUAAACGGAUACCUGUUUUCCACUGCUAAAACUGAAGCACCACUGUGUGAGCAACAGGAGAGGGAGAGGCCGAGCGAGGGAGAGGAGGAGCCCAGCUGAGCGCGCCCUGCUGCCCCGGCGGCAAGGAGCAGAAGGCAGCGGCAAGGGCCGGCCCGCCAGAGCCUGGAGUCCUGCCCAGCCCGCGUGGAGGAGGCCCCGCGCUUGCGUCCAACCUGGGCCUGCCAGGGCGGAGAGAGGAAGACCCUCAUCUCAGAGUAGCCCUUUCCUCUGUUCUUUUUUUUUUCUCUUUAUUGAAAGGGGACUACGUUUUAGCAGGAAAAAACUUCGCUUUUCUGUGCCCGAGCAGGUUUGCAGGCGGCCGUGCCGGGCAGAGCCCGGGCGGGGAGAGCGGCGUCUGUCCAGCCGCCGGAACCGCGAGGUCGUGAUGCCUGUGUUCUAAGAGGGUUUUCAUUUAAAGAAAAUACGGUGUUGGGGUUUUUCUGUUUCGUUUUUUUAAAGAUUCUUUCAAAGGAGUACUGAAAAAUAUUUUCCUAAGUUUGUCUCUGAAAUCUUAGUGGUGGACCUGGGAGAUGUGAGAAGCUUCCAGAAACGAAGUUUAAACAUCAGCGCAGCUGGAGACUAGGAUCAACACCUGUGACGUGGUCUUGAGGAAGAUUUUUGUUCUAGGUCUUAGCUUCCUGCGGGCGAUUGCUGCAGGGUGACAGGUCUAUGCAGGAGUCACCUGGCCGAACCCAGACGCCACACGGUCUCCGCUGGACUCUGAGGAGCAAAGUUGCUUCCUGCGGCGGACUUGGCGCGGGGCUCGGCUGCCCAGGAGGAAGGUGCCGAUGGCCCCACUGGAAGGGGCCUUGGCCAGGACUGGCCAUGAGGCCAGGGGGCAGGAGGGUGGCCAUUCCCAGGCCGGUGGCUUCUUCCCCAGGGUCCUUCCGAGGAUUUCAUGGAAAGCAGCAGCCAAGAGGGCUUGUCCCCAUCCCUAGGAGGCACUGAGUCCCCACCCUCAAGUGUGGAGCCUCUACCUGCCGGUACUGCACCGCUGACCUGGGUGCUCUCUGUCUUUGGGGAGAAGGGGUGAGUCAGAAAUGAGUGGGUUCUGUGCUGCGGGGGUUGGAGGCGUUUGCUGUUGGCUGGCGGAGGAGACCUCCGCCUGGGUCUCGUAGCCAUGAGAGUCGCCCCAGCUCCCUGCACAGCGUGGGUUGGAGUGUCAUCCCUAGUGACCCCACCCCUGCCUGCCCCUCCCAAAGACUCCAAAUUCCAGCUUCUACACGGAACAGAUGGGGGACGCACAGGCCGCCUUCCUUCUGGCAAGGACUUAUUUAUUGCCAUUGCUGUAGGGCUUUCGGUUUCCCCUUCUGGUAGCCGCCUAGAGGCAUGGAUGUGGGGCGCUUCCCGCUGUGACCCUGUGCCUGCCCGCCAGGUGGGACGCUUUGCCUCUGCCUGUGCCCUCCGCUCGCUGUGUUCACCCUGAGCAGCGUCACCAGUUUUACAAAUCGAGCAUCUGUACCAGGCAGCAUAACUUUUGAUUUUUGGUCUAUUUGUUUUAAGCUCUUUUGUCACCAAUAAAAUAUUAAUAAACA